CAUUUUCCACCCCGCGUACCCCUCUAUAAGAAAUUUUUUCGACCGCACCACCAUUUUCGAUGUAUGCGGUGUUGCGUGAUUGCCUGCGAGUCCGAGCGUGUGUGUUUGUUGUGUUGUAGAAAAAGGAUUGUUGAAACGUAGAGCAAAUUCUCUCUACACGAGUAGCGCGAAUCUUUUUCCAUAUAUUUGGCGUAUUUGUGUCUCUGGAAAAAAAAUGUCGUCAUACAUUCAGGUCGCUGAGGACGAGGGAGAAGAGCCCAUUGAACUGCCCACUGAGGAUGAUAGUACACUCUUGUUGACGACACUCGCAGCCCAGUUCCCCGGAACUUGUGGCCUUAAAUAUCGUAAUCCUGAAUCGAGGGCGAUGCGCGGCGUCCGUCUUGUUGACGGUCGACUUCAUCCUCCUGAAAAUGGUUGGGGCAAGGCGGUCUAUUUCUGCGUCUUCCCAAAAGAAAAUAAACGUAAGUCUGAUGACAAUUUGGAGAAUUCGACAGCAAAAACUAAAAGGAUGGAAACAAAAUUACGAUGCACUGACCUAAUUGUGCUUGGUUUACCUUGGAAGACAACUGAACAAAAUUUGCGAGAAUAUUUUGAAACCUUUGGAGAGGUUUUAAUGGCACAGGUGAAAAAAGAUGCGAAAUCGGGUCAAAGUAAAGGAUUCGGUUUUAUCAGAUUUGGUAGUUAUGAAUCUCAAUUGAGAUGUUUGGCACAACGGCACAUGAUCGAUGGUAGAUGGUGCGAUGUUAAAGUUCCAAACAGCAAGGAGGGAAUGAUUCAACAAGUGCCCUGCAAGGUAUUCGUGGGACGCUGUACCGAAGAUCUAACUGCAGAUGACCUACGUGACUAUUUCUCGAAAUUUGGCGAAGUCACGGAUGUUUUUAUUCCAAAACCAUUUCGUGCAUUUUCAUUUGUCACUUUCCUUGAUCCGGAGGUGGCACAAUCAUUAUGCGGUGAGGAUCAUAUUAUAAAAGGUGUCUCAGUUCAUGUCUCCAAUGCAGCACCAAAAUCAGAGGGUAACAAUCGUAAUUUCAACAAUCAAAUGAAUUCAAAUAUGCGAAGUCGGGGCGGUAUGCCAGGUCCAAUAGACAACAAUAUACAAGGAAAUUAUCAAGGCAAUCGUUAUAUUGGUCAUUCGGGUAAUAAUAUGGGACCUAAUGGUUGGAAUAAUCCGGGUAAUCGGGGCAAUAUUGAUAUGCCAAAUCUUCAGGCACUUGGUAUAACGGGACAAAAUAAUGGUGGUGGCGGUGGAGGUGGAAUGUCAAAUCCAUUGGCAAUGGGAGGUUUAAAUCUCUCAGCGUUGCCGGUUAAUCCUGCAUUAGUUGCCGCUGCAUUAAAUCAAGCAUCAUGGGGUUUAAUUGGUAAUCUACAAAAUCAGGGCAACGAUCAGGGUUAUUCGAAUCAACCGGGACCACCUGGACAGCCACCAUCGGGCAACAAUAGCCUUGGUAAUAGUGGUAAUUCAGGUUUUCUCAGCUGGAUGAAUCAAGGUGGUGGCGAUGGUAAUUCCGGUAAUCCAGGCUCCGCUGGUCCUGGCCCAAAUAAUCCAAAUCCAUCGCAAGGCGCUUGGCAAAAUCAUCCCGGCCAACGGGACGGCAAGUCGAAUACAUUUCUUAAGUACGAGUAAAUUCCGUCGGGACUCUGAGUCUACUCGUAAAAGGCGGGCACGGUCCCUGAGUCCCGAAACUUUGGCAUUGGAUUAUUGCAGAGGUCAGGAGAAUCAUUUUAAAUAUAAAAAACAAAUUGGUCGUACUCUCAAGACUUUGGUAGAUGGAAAGACUGCGAAUGUCAAGACCAAAGCUGUGUCUUAGGUUUUUUUUCUUGUUUUUUUUUCUAAAUAUGAUUGAGAGUCUGAGAAUGAAUAUUUUGAUGAUUGAUUUAAUUUUGAGAAUUUGCUGAAGAUUAAAAGAAACAAAAAAAAAAUAACAAUUUAGUCUGAUAAAUGAAUGUUUAUAUCAGAUUUUCAACGUUUUUGAAUAUAAUGAUUAUGAUAAGAAUGAGAUGAUUCUGAUCUGUGCAAAAAUUUCAAGGCGAGAAAGUUAUAAGACAUUUUUUUUGUCUUAUUGAAUUGACAUUUUUCGUUGACAUGAUUCUUUAGAGUGGUAGUAUAUAUAUUAUAUAUAUAUGAAUAGACAGGAUAGCUGCGAUUGAAAGGAUUGACGAAAGAAAAAAAAUUUUUUUUCCAAGAAUGAUUAUGUCGAUGAAUGAUUCGGCAAAUGGAGUGUAUUUUGUUGAUAAUGCAGCAAUUGAGAGAAUGUUUUACGCUAGAGAAAUAGCGUUUAAAAAAAGGUUUGCAACCCGGGUGUUUAUAUUUUUAUUCUUCUUCUUCCCCCCCCCCUUUUUAAAGUCAUGUUCCAUUAUCUCAUUGAUUUUCAUUUCAAUUUUUGUUUUUCUUGCAAAAAGAAUUAAAAUUUACAAAAGUAAAAAGAAACUUCAUAAAAAAUAUUUAUGAACUCUUUUUUUAUAAUUUUUUAAAUAAGAAUUGAAAUUCAAUAUUUUAAUGAAUCGAGUUUUUUGUAAUUGAAUUAAGUAGAAUAAUAAUAAUAAUUAAACGUCAUUAUUUUUAAUUUACGUGAUUAAGAGAAUAAUUUUAAACAAUUUAUGAAAAAGUUAAUGCAAAUCAAAAUUUUCACAAUAAAACUUUUUAAAAAAAUGUAAUUUCUUAGAUAAAAAUUUUGUAAUCUGUAAUCUCCAGUAUUGAAUUUUCGAUUCGAUUUAUCUAUAUCCGGGUUCUAACACAAUGAUUAUUAAUCUUAGAUUUAUUAUAAUAUACAUAUAAAUAAAUAUAUAAUACAAAUAUGAGAGUUUGCACCUAAUAGUAAUUUUCACAGUUUAAUAAUCGUUGCUUCAUAUUUAAAAAAAUGAGAAAAAGAAAGUAACUUGAAACGAUUUAUUAUUAAUGAAUAAAACAAAGAAGAAAUAUAAAAAAUGUAGAUUAGGAAUGAAGAUGUAAUGUUUUACUUCACAAAGAGUGUAAUCGUGUUUAAAUGCUCGGAUUAAUUAAAUCUUUGCAAAAUGUUUUUCAGAACGCAUUUUUAUAAUCUUUCGUGUACAGUUUGUCAGUCACCGAUAUAAAUAUAUAAUAAUUAUGUAUUUCUUAAACAAAUAUUUUGGAGUAAUGAAAAAGCGAAAUAUCUUCAUCCUUCAUUAAAAUUCAAAACUCCAGAAUUGAUGCAAUAUAUUUCCUCUAGUUUUAAUUUCAGUGAUUAUUUGUUCUACAAUUUCUUUCUUUCUUUUUCGUUCACUUUCUUGGGAAAUAUUCCCCAUUGCUUUUUAUUUCAAUUGGUGUGAGAGUUGAAGAGAAUUUCUAUACUAUAAUAUUAAUAAUAAUAAUAAUAAUUAAAUUUUUAAUAAGAAAUGUUUUAUUUCUUAUUUUUGCGCGAUUUGAAAAAAAUAACAAUCGCAGCUAUCCAAGAAUUAUGGUGUGUAACUUUUGACUUCUUUUGUAGAUAUUUAGUUCUUGUGUAUGAAGAUUUUACACUGGUGCGUAGGUGUGUCAAAAUUAUUGAUCGGUUGUGUGUGAAAGAUAAAAAAAAAUAAUUGAAUUGACUCAAUGAGUUAGCUUUGAUCGAAUGGUUUUUGAAUUGAUGUUUAAAAGAAUUAAAAAGAAAAAUACAAAAGCUAUUUAAUAAAAAAAGAUUCAUAUUUGCAUUGCUUUGAUAUCACUAACAAAAAUAUUUUUCAGUGUAGUUUUCAUAUACUCAAAAAAAUAUAAAACAAUUAUUUUCCUUUUUGUUUUGUGUUUUUUUUUAUUACUAAAAUAUUAAAAUAUUGCAAAAUUUUUAAAUUUUAAAAGAAAUUCACAAUUCACAAUUGUAGUCAAUAACUUUAACAUACACAAUCUCUACUCUUGGAAAGAGAGAAAUAAAUCUAAAGAAAAAAAAUAGCUGUUAUAUGAUAUUGUAUACUCCAUUAUUAAUAUUCAGAUUAACUACUUCAGAACUUAUUACCUUAUGAGUAAAAAAAAAUAUUGAGAAAUAAAAUAAUCCAGGUAAAAAGAUAUGUGUGAUGUUGUGUGUAUCCUCUGUUAUAAAUCUAGAGACGAAAACGGAAAACUCGAAAUGAUAUUUUGUGAUUUCUUUGAUAAAAUUAUUGAUAUUGUACUAGUUUGAUCCCUUUUCUCUGCAAAUAAUAAAGUUUUGAAUUAAAUUAAUUACAUUUUUAAAAAUUCCGAAUUUCAUAUAUUUGCAUUUAUCUUUAAAUUUAAUAAAUUUUUUUUUUGAAAUUCUUUUCUUGGAAAACUGAAUUUUCGAAAAAUAAAAUUUCAAAAUAAUGUUGGAACAACAGAAAACAAAAAUAAAAUAUGAUAGAAUGUUUAUAAAAUGAAACAAUUUUUAGAAAAAACAUUUAUAAAGUACAAUUUUAAUAUUUCGAAGAAAUCACGAGACAAAAGAUUCGUCCUUCGAUUUUCAUCUUGAAUGAUGUUUAUAGAAAAUUAAAAUAGGAAAAAGCAAGAAGAGUAAGAAAACAAGGGAAAUGUUUCAUAUUAGCUGUAAAUGGAUAAAAAUUGAUGUAAUCAUGGUGAUUGGAAUUUUUUUUUAAUAUACAUAUAUAUAUAGACUGAAUUGAAUAUUAUGCAUGUGCUUUUGGUGUGGAUGUCGGUUGAAAGUAUUUGUUAAUUGUCGUCUCAUAACUACAGACGUAAAUUUACAUGAAAAAUAGUUGGAAUGUGCAAAAGGUACAAAUGAGAGUACAGUUGGAUUACGAUAUUAAAAAAAGUAAAUAAAUUCUGUAAUAUUGUUGAAUGAUUAAUCGAGAGAAGAAAACAAAGUUUGUGUUGCUAUUGUGACAUUUUACGUGCUUGUGACGCGAAAAUUUAUUGUGCGUCUGAAUUUUCAUACUGCCUGAGCAGAGAUUGAAUGUUUAUAUUAAAAAAAAAAGAAAAAAAAAUGAAAAAAAUGGAAAAAGAGAAGUUAGUUUGUAAAACAAACUCGCGUUUGCGGUCUUUGAUGUCCAGAAUCUCGAUCAGAAAAAAACAUUUGAUUUUCUUUUAAAAAAACGAGAUUUUUUUUCUUGCUCUAACUGAAAUGAUAGAGAAAUAAAUAGAAGUAUCGUUGCGAAGAUAUUAAUACAACUACUUAAAUAGUAUCUGAAAAAUUAGUAAGCGAAUAGUAAUUAAAAUAUUAGUGACUGAAAAAAACUAGUAAUUGAAUACUAGUAACGUAAAAUAAUUGAAAUAGAACAAAUUAGUAACUGAAAAUAAUUAGUGAUUGAAAGCUAGAAAUUAGUAAUUUAAAAAAUUAGUGACUAGUAAAUGACUAGCAUUCCUCGUUCUUUAAAUUUAAAAAAAAUAGAUCAAUUUUCAAAAAAGAAAAAUUAAUUGAUUUCUAAAAAGAAAUUCUGAAAAUUGAAUAUUUUAUUCUUGAUUCUGGACGUUAUUGCACAGCCAACAAGAUAAAGACUGUAGUUUAAGACAACUUUUAACAAAGAUAAGAAAACCGUUA